CUGUGUGAGUGAAGCGUCUCUCUUCUCUCUUGGUGAUGGUGAAAUGGCUCUGUUCAUCCUCCUCUCCUUCUGUCUGAUUCUGGAAGUUCAUCCUCAAUAUGUUCCUCAGCCCCAGCUGGUGGUCUCUUCUACAGAGAGAGGGUCAGUACAGCUGGACUGUAAGACUCUGUAUGCUGGAGUGUCUCAGUGUUAUUUCUAUCCAGAGAGAGACAAGACAAAUCUAAAACACUCUGCAUCCUGUCAGCUCUCACUCACUGACUCUGAACUGACGAGGUGGACAGGACGCAGUUACAGUCCACCUGAACCAGUCAGUGUUAUUUGUUUCUACACUGAGAGUAAAUCAGGACUCUCUAAACCUUCUCCUCACUCUCUACCAGCUACAGUCACAGUCCUGGUCCUGGAUCAGAAACCAGUAAUGAGUGUCCGUUAUGACAGUCAGUAUGAAGAGUUCACAGCUGUGUGUGAAAUGCCGCUGUCAGGGUCAGUAAGAGCUGAUUUUAGAUGUAAUCUCUACACUGGACACCUGCUGUACCUAAAGGGAGAAUCUAGAAGAAGGAGAUCUGGGAAGUGGAGCUGCAGUUUUACAUCAUCUAAAACUGACCUGUUGAAUCAUCUGCAGUCAGUAAAGAGCAGAGAACUGAGCUGUGAUUAUUCACUAAACUCUGACCCGUCCGCCCGCUCUCCAAUGAGUCACACAUAUGAUAUAUCGAAUUUAAUUCCUGUACCAACACAGCCGUCCAUAACAGAAGAGAAAUCUACUGCAGUUUCUUUAGUUUCCUCCACACUUUUCGUCACCACAAAAGGCCCAACAACUAGGUUACCUGUAGUUCCCAGUUCAUCUAUUGUGACCAAAAUGUCCACUAUAGCCACAGCUUCAUCUGCACCUCUCCCAGUCUCUACUACGACAGCAAUGCCUUCAUCCACUGCUGGAACAACUCAAACUACCUGGAACUAUGAUGAUUACAUUUCAUCAGAUGUGAAGAGUUCACUGCUCAUCAUUGUACUGUCAGUCACUGGUACCAGCGUCUUAUUGGCUGGAGUGAUGAUCGUCUUUCCCUGCAGGUUUAUCAAGAAGCAGAGGACUGACAGACUUAAAGUCAACUCAGCCAGAGGAGAUCAGGGAGACAUGAUGGCCGUGCUGAGUGUGGAGGAAUUCGGUCCAGGAGCUGCUGGAACCUACUCAAUGUUUACCUCAGUGACCGCACCUUACCAGCCAUCAGGUGCUGAUAGGACAGUUUACACAGUGGUGAUCUACAGCCUGUCCACCCAAAAACAGAAAUCCUUCAGCUUCUUCUGAAAGAUGGAUGACACACAGAAAACUGGUCCUUUACAGGGGAACUCCACCACUUUUCCAAAAUCGCAUAUUUAAGUGGUUCAGAUGUAAACAGAGUGAUUCAGAGUGGUUUGGUGUGAAACACUCUGUUCUAGAGGAACUUACAGAGUCAGAAUUGU